AUAGGGUACUUGCUGGCUGGCUGCUUGUGUGUUCGCUGGGAAUAACAAACAACUUGGUGGCCACCGAAGACGCUAGCCGGUUGCCACCGCACCGAAAACCGUCAGAGGAAACCGAAGAUGGCCCUCAGCUAAUCGGCGCCUGCUCGCGCUGUGUUGUCGGUGGAUUUACAGGACGACGGCUAGCUGGGUGCUAACGUUAGCACGCUAGCUUGCCAGGAGCACAUAGCAACUGCUGCUAGCUAACGUCACUGGACUGGUACUCUUCACUCUCAAGGCUGCAGCUAUGUUCGUCCAGGAGGAGAAGAUAUUCGCCGGGAAAGUGUUGAAAAUACACAUUUGCACCAUAGACGGCACGGAGUGGUUGGAGGAAGUCACGGAAGACACCACAGUUGAGAAACUGAAGGAGAAGUGCUUGAAACAUUAUGUGCACGGAGGUUUAGAAGACCCCAAAACACUCACCCACCAUAAACUCAUACAUGCUGCUACAGAGAGAGUCCUCACCGACACUAAAACGGUUGCCGAUGAAAAUCUCAAAGAUAAAGAGGUUUUGCUGCUCAUAAAGAAAAGGCCGCCACCGACCCCUCCAAAAUUGGCAGAUGUUAGUUCAGAGGAAAAGAAGAAACAAGAUAACAAAGCUCCAGACAAAGACGCAAUUUUGAAAGCCACCGCCAACCUGUCCACACGCCACACGGACCGCACUGUUACCCAGCAUAACAUCAGAGAUUUUCAGACGGAGCUGAGAAAAAUCCUGGUUUCUCUCAUUGAAGUCGCCCAGAAGCUUCUUGCCUUGAACCCCGAUGCUGUUGAAUUGUUCAAAAAAGCCAAUGCGAUGUUGGAUGAAGAUGAAGAGGACCGGGUGGAUGAAACGGCCCUUCAGCAGCUCACUGAGAUGGGUUUCCCCGAGAGCAGGGCCAUCAAAGCUCUUAGACUGAACCAUAUGUCAGUGACUCAAGCGAUGGAGUGGCUUAUCGAGCAUGUAGAUGACCCCUCUGUAGACGCACCCAUACCUGGCCAGGACUCUUCUGCAGCAGGAGCCACGGCUGCUGCCACACCAGGCCCCUCAACCUCCGCCUCAGCAUCUGCCUCAGCAUCCGCUUCAGCCUCAGCUUCAGCCUCAGCUUCAGCCUCAGCGUCAGCCUCCGCCUCUGGUCCUAACCUCCUCCGCAGCCUCUCCAGCCAGUCGAGCACAGAAGAGAGCAGCAGGCAGGACGAGCUCACAGAGAUCUUCAAGCGGAUCCGCAGGAAACGGGAGUUCAGACCGGACUCAAGAGCUGUCAUUGCGCUGAUGGAGAUGGGCUUUGAUGAAAAGGAGGUGGUUGAUGCUCUGAGGGUAAAUAACAACCAACAGGAUGCUGCGUGUGAGUGGCUGCUGGGAGACAGGAAACCUUCCCCAGAAGACCUGGACAAAGGCAUCGACACCAACAGCCCGCUGUUCCAAGCCAUUCUGGAGAAUCCAGUGGUCCAGUUGGGUCUAACCAACCCCAAGACCCUUUUAGCGUUUGAAGACAUGCUGGAGAAUCCUCUGAACAGCACCCAGUGGAUGAACGACCCCAAGACCGGCCCAGUCAUGCUCCAAAUAUCCAGAAUCUUCCAGACCCUCAAUCGCACAUAGAGCCUCCUGGUGGCCUCCCCCCCUCCCCCCCACCUGUGUGACUGUGGCAGCUUGUGUGUGUGUUUGACUUUAUUGGGGUGUGUGUGGACAGAUGUGUGAGUGUGGCAGAGACACAAGUAUUGUUUUUGCCUUGUAAAGACAAAGCUGGAGGAGUCAAAGUAUGAAUUAAGAUGUUACACAUAUAACUAUUUAUAACAGUACAGUAAAAAGACUUAUACAAAACAAAAUGUUAACAUAAACAUUAUUACAGUAAUAAUAAUAAAAAAGAAAUGAGAUUUAGUAUGUUGUUUUUACAUUUUAAUGAGAACAAUUUAUAGUCAUGACAGACAUGAUUUAUUUUAUAUAAUUUCUCCAUGUGCAGAAAUGACAUCAGACAUCAAUUUUAAUGUUUACACUUCAAAGAAAACUGUUUUUGUAUGUUUUGCAAUAUUUAAAUAUCAAUUACAGUUUUGUCUGUCUCUUUAAAUUGUUACAUUUCAUCUGUGGUGAAUGUGUGGAAGACUUCUGUUGGUAUCAUGUUUUGUUCCUCUUCCCCCUUUUGUCUUGUUUUUAUCAGCUUGUAAUUGAGAGGCUGGUGGUCGAAGUGUUUGUUCGGCAUGUUGAAAACAAGCUUUCAAACACAUUACCUCUCUCUCCAUUCACGCCUGCGAGGUCACUGUAAGUCAAGCGACCGCCUCUCAGUUCAAAGCGGACAUCGUUUUAUCUUGAGCUUCUUUAAGGAUAUUUAUUUGACGUUCUUGCCUUUUAAACAAAAGCUGUACACUAAAAUGUUUGUGUCUUAGUCAUGUUUUUACCAGAAAAAUGAUAUAUUAGGCCUGUGUGUUUAUUGUCAAUGUGCUCUUGAAUGUCAUAUUAUCACGUUGCGCUCAUUUAGCACUUGUUCACCUCUAUGGAUAUCACUCACUGCAGCACUGAGGACGUUAAAAGAAGGGUUUUGUCUCAAAAGGCUGUAGUGGGUUGUUAAAUGAAGCUGAGCCUAAUCAAAAGGGGGUUUGCCUUUUUAAAUCUGAAUGAUGAAGAUGCUCACUUCAUGCUGCGGAGGUGCAAGCAUCUUCACAAAGAACUAAUUUGAGACGCAACCAGUGUCGGUCUUUUGGUUUACUUUUUUUUGUUUCUUUUGAGAGCAGUGAACAUUUAUGCUGUCAAACCAAACCAAAAUGUCACUAUAUAACCUGCCUUGUCAUUAGUUGUACCCAUUGAAAAAAAACCCUGUAUUUCUGUGCAAUAGCAAGGACUUCUGUUGACCUGUAAAGAAAUAUAUUUGAUUUGAGUGUUAGAGAUGUGUGAACUGCAAUGGGUAGCGUGUUAUUAGCCUUUGCAUCGAGUACUUAAAAUCUCCAGCUACGAGAAGGCGAGCGAAGCCUCUUCUGUUCGACUGAGAUUUUAAAAAACAACAUGGAGGGUGGUGUGUUUUGCCAAGCUUUUGAGUGUUUUUAUUCAAUAUUUAAAAUGUGGUAUUGAUGUGACUUUCUGCUCAGGGAGGCUGAGAUUGUUUUUCUAAACCUGUCGUUACGGCAGACCUCUGCUCACCCCCGUCUAGUUUGGCAUUUGAAAAUGGCUUUAACUAAUCUGUCUAGAACUUUAUGAAUAAGAGCACUACAGGACAUGGUUUCGUAAAUGCAAUAUUUGAAAAUAUUUAAAUGUUUUUAGAGAGAAGUGUCUGUUUGAACUAUGUAUUAUUACAUUAUUUAUAUCGAAGCCAAACUAGGAACUUGUUCUUAUUUAUAACAUUUUUAGCAAACCUCAAAGCUAAUCUACAAAUGUGAAAAAAAAAUUAAAUGAUUCAAAUGUUGUUUUUACAAACCAUUGUAAAAUGUGCUAAUGGACUAGCAGGUCACAGUGUGAUUUAAAGUAUUGCAACAUGAAUGACGAAGGAUUUCUACACACAUCUCUGGAAGCCUCUCUGCACACUUUCUGCACUGCAGUGGACCUUCAUCACGGCCACAGCGACCAGCUGUCUCACCACCUCCAUGCUUUGCAUUAGUAUGCAUCAGAAACUCUCCGGUAAUAUCACGAAACAAACAUUGGGAGAUUUAAAGAUCCACAGAGAAUGCAGACGUCUUUCAAAGCGGUCAGCAGGAACAGAAAAGAGUAAAUGAACUUUAUUGCAAAAGAACAUUGAAGAGUGGUUGGAGUCACAGGUUUUUGUUUUAACUCAGCUUCCAUGCAGGACUGUCCCCGAUUAACAACCUAUGCAAUAUACUCUCACAGUCUGUUCAUUCAGACAGCCUCAUGGCUACUGGCAUUUAAAUCACUAUCGCAUUAAAGUUAUUUUUUGUGGCUGUA